GGCUGCUUCAGCUCCACAUCUUGCCAAGCUAACAAAUUUAAUAGCUAAUGUCUAUUUCUCCUUCUUUCACCAUGUCAUUGCUGUCUUUGGUGUCCUUCUUCUUGCUCUUUUCUUUCAAUGUCAGAGCUGCUGUCCCUCCCUCGGCUACAUUUAAGUUUGUCAAUGACGGGGAAUUUGGGCCAUUUGUGGUUGAAUAUCUUGGGGAUUACCGUGUCUUAAGUAUAGCUAAUGCUCCAUUCCAACUUGCCUUUUAUAACACAACCCCUAAUGCCUUCACCCUUGCGUUACGCAUGGCUACCACACGUUCCGAAUCACUAUUCCGUUGGGUUUGGGAAGCCAACCGGGGAAACCCUGUUCGAGAGAACGCCACGUUCUCCCUCAGGACUGAUGGAAAUCUUGUCUUGGCCGAUGCGGAUGGCCGGAUUGCUUGGCAAAGUAACACUGCCAACAAAGGUGUAGUAGGGUUCAAAUUGUUGUCAAAUGGUAACAUGGUACUACAUGACUCCAAGGGCAAGUUUAUUUGGCAAAGCUUUGAUCAUCCAACCGAUACACUCUUGGUGGGUCAGUCUCUUCGAGUUGGAGGCCCUACAAAGCUUGUGAGCCGGGCUUCUGCCCAAAAUAAUGUUGAUGGGCCUUAUAGCUUGGUGAUGGAGCCCAAAGGGUUGGUUUUGCAGUACAAGGGCUCGAACUCUCCUAAGCCACUUGUCUACUUCAAAUCAUCUGUUUGGCCCAGUAGCCAAGAUGGUACUUUACAGUCUGUGAUACUAAAUGUUGAGUCUACUAAUGAUGGCUUUGCUUAUAAUAUUCUUCUAGAUUAUACUGUGGCUAAUUCCUCCUUCGGCACCGGAAAUCUAAUAUUGACUAGGCCAAAAUACAACAGCACACUGUCGAUUCUUAGGCUCGGGAUAGACGGAAACCUGAGGGUUUUUACCUACAAUGACAAGGUUGAUUCACAAGCAUGGGAAGAGACAUUUACUCUCUUCUCUAGGGACUCAAUAUGGGGUUCAGAAUGUGAAUUGCCAGAGAGGUGUGGGAACUUUGGGCUUUGUGAGGAGAACCAGUGUGUUGCUUGCCCAUCGCCAAAUGGAUUAUUGGGUUGGAGCAAGUAUUGUCAGCCCGAGAAGCUUACCUCUUGUAGGCCUAAUGAUUCCGGCUACUACAAGCUUGAAGGAGUCAAUCAUUUCAUGAGCCAGUACAAUGAAGGACAACGGCCCAUGAAGGAGAGUGAUUGUGGGAGGAAAUGCACUUCGGAUUGCAAGUGUUUGGGGUACUUCUACCACAGGGAAGCAUCCAAAUGUUGGACUGCUAACGAGUUGAAAACCUUGGCUAAAACCUCUAACUCUUCACAUGUUGGUUUUAUAAAGACACCCAAAAAGUGAUGAAGCGUAAGAGUCAGCCAAAGUAGAAAGCCGAAGCUGAACUUUGCACUUUGUUUGCAGUUCCUCACCUUCUCCCUAUUGUAUUUUCCAGUUUUUCCUCCUUUUUUUUUUUUUGUCUGCUAAUAAACGAAUGCAUGUUUGAAUCAUCCCAAAAGAAGUGACUGUGUGAAGAGUUCAUGUUUCUUGAAAUGUUGUGAGAUUAAUAUAAUUUUAUGAUACUUAAGUUUG